CCCUGAGAUUCCCAUAAUGAACGAAAACGAAACUUUUGAUUUGCCGCUGGCAACAGAAUUUGUAUCUUAGAUUAGCGAUGUUUGCGAGGUUGUUAACCGUAGUGUGAAGGAGUUUUCAAUAUUAUAAACAUAAGUAUAGUUAUGUUUCGUAAAGCGUAUUCGUACUCUAGUGUUUCAGAGCAGCAAUCAAAUGGUUGUUGCCGAGGGUCAUGUCGAUGUUUAACCAGGAUACCUUAUGCAACUUUAAUAGCUACUGUUCUGUGCUGCACUGGAGUUGGAAUAUUCCUUGGCUCAUUUUACCGUGGCAUAUCUUUAACUUUAAGGACCUUUGAAGAAGUGUUUCAUUUUAAGUUUGAUUGGUUAAAUGAUUUGCACAUUGUUUUCAUUAUCAUUGGUGGAGUUAUGGGUGCAUUUAGUUUGAUACUGCUGCUGGUGGGCUUUUUAGCAACUGGUGCUACAAGGGAGAGAGUUUAUCGAGGAUUUAAAUCCAGAGUUGGUGGACGCGUAUCUUGUGCUUUUUUUAUGGGACUAACAUACAUUCUGGAACUGGUUUGGUUGCUUGUAUUUGUUUCACUUGUGCUUAUCACAUUUGUCUUCUCUGUUUGGUGGGGAAUGUGCAAUAAUUUGAAGUAUGAACCUAACCCAGAUAAUAGAUGCAUUGAUUUGAAACCUCUUGCCUUUCUGUUUUCAAACAGUACAGAUACAAAUUUGCUUAGAAUUUGUGAUGAAGGCAAAAGGAAGAAUUUCUGCAAAGAUUGUGUUGAACCGUCUGAAGUUCUAUUUCUUGUUGCUCUCUCAGCUAGCUUUUUGGUUGUUUUAAGUUUGGUUCAUUAUUUGAUGUGUCUUUCUGCAAAUUAUGCACGUAUAAAAGACAAUGAAAAAUUCCAGGAGCUUCAAGAAAUGCAAUAUUUACAAGACACUGAAAUGGGAACAUUGUCCAAGGACAGAUUUUAAUAUUUAUGUAUAUACAUUUGCUGUAUAUUCAUAUACUUUACUACUUUUAAGAUCACUGUUAAGAAUUCUCCAUUUUAUAAACUGUACUUGUAUAUUUAUUGGAGGAAAACUUUUUUAAACCUGUUUUGUUGAGCACUUAAAUGACAAUGAUCUUUCAUAUGGUUCCAGGUAAAGAAUAUGAUAUACAUACAUUUUUAUAUGCAUUCUUAGAAUCUAUGCUAAAUAUUAUGCAAUUUUUGUGCAUUUUUGUGUAGUUUGCAUUUUGAUUAAAUUCACUCUUAGUGCUGGCAUAUAUGAUGUUAAGUAUAUAUUUACAAAGUACUUGCUAUGUGUACAUUUUUCUGUACACUGUUUAAAAUUAUAAACUAUUUUAAUGCAAUUUUAGUAGCUUCUUGUUUUGGGGAAAUGUAUAGAGCAAUCGUAUAUACUUUUAUGUUUAUAUGUACGUAAAAGCUUUAAACUGUGCAUAUAUGUAGUCUUUACUCGCAAUAUAAACAUUUCAUUCUUAGCACAAUGGAUCACAAAAUAUUUUUAAUGUUAACUUGUACUUGCAAUGUCGUUUUUUCAUAUUAAUAUUCAGUUUUUUAGCAUGCAUAUAGCUUCAGUGCUCUUCUGAUCAGCUGUUCUUUCCCAUAUUGUCAUUUUGCAGCUUCCCGAUUUUUUUUUUUUUUUCCAUUAUAUGAAUUUUUUAUUUACUGUAUUCAUAUAAAAGAAUAUUCCUCAACAUGCGCUUCUUUUGAAACUGUUCUGUUAGUAUUAUUUUAUAAAUGAUAAUGCUGCUAAAAUGUAAACACGUAAUUAGAUUUCUUAAACAACUACUUCUGUUAUGAGGAGCUGUAUAAAAUCAUAUCUACGAAAUGAAAGGAAAAUAAUACGGAAAAGUGUCUUUACAAAAUGUGAUAGUUACAACAUUCGCAGUGAAAGUUAAAAUGAUAAUUAUGAUGUUCACAGUGGGAUGUUUCUAAUCCUUGUUUUCAAGAAGUUGUCUUUCAUUCAGUAAUUAUCAUUUGCAGAUUGCUUUCACCCUUUUAUAAAGGCAUAUAUGUUGUGAGAAUUUAUGUUAACUACAAAUUGUGUGCUGCAAACUAUAUACUACAAAUUAGUGAUCAUAAUCAUUUUAUGCAAACUUUUAGAAAUUUACUUACUAAAAACUUUUAGACUUUUAGCAUUGAUAUCCUGUUUUACAGUAGAUGAAAUUAAUGUAUUCUGCCGUAUGUCUGUAAAGUCAGGAAACUUUGACUUCAAAUAUUAUAUUGCAUCUUCUUUUUACCUUCAUGUCUUACAUUUCCAUACGUUAUGUGGGAAAGUUUUACCUACUGUUUCAGUAUUUCCUGGAAUUGUUUGUUAAUGUUUCUAGUGUAUUACCAAAAACCCAAGAAGUUUUGCCCUUGCUACUUAUUGCCAAAAAGAAGAUAAAUGAUGUUUGCUUAACUUAAACCGGGAGUGUGAUAUGCAUCUAAUCUUUUUUGUGGUUUUUAUUAUUAUUCCGUGUUAUCUGCUUAGCAUGAAAAGUUACUCAUUUUUUUUAAUUUAUAAAAUUAGUUCAUUUUCGAACAACUUUGAUUCAUUUUAAGAACACUCUGGAAUGAGAAAUGCAUAUGUUAAAUAUUGUUUUCGAAAGUAAUCUUGGUGUUAUAAGAAAAUUUUUAAGCUAAGUUAUUACUGAUAUUUUGUAUUUUUCUUUUAAGAUAUUUAAAACAUAGUAAAUAUUUCAUUACAUUUUAUUCUAAACCAUAAGUUUUCAUUUUAGAUCUUUUGUUUCUAUUAGUAAAGUUUUUUUUAAAUUGAGAAUAAAUCAGUUAUCGUUAUAUUUCCUUGUAUUAUAAAUUGAUGUAACUUAAAAUGUUCCUCUCAAAAAGAUGUAAAUAACUGAAAUUCAGAAGUUAUCUUUAGUAAUAAUUGUUUUGUAUAUAUAAGGUGUAACAAAACUGUUGGCUACAACUUCAAGGGGUGACAGAACAUAGCAAAAGUAACAAUUUUCAUGUGAAUGUGGAAGCAUGAUAAGUACAAAACAUGAAAAGUUAUUUUAAUCACAGUUUGUUUACAAUAGUUCAAAAGAACAACCAUUAGCUGCUAUACAUUUAUCACAACCAUGACUAAGUGAUUGGGGUUGUAUUGGAUUAACCCAUAAAUACUGAAGUUUUUUUUUUUAAUAGUACAUCUUUAUUUUUCAAAAUUAAAGAAAAUUAUUUUCAAGUCUGAAAUAUAUUCCUCUUUAUCCUCUAUUAAUUCUUCAACAGUUUUGAUAGAAUUUCGGUUCAAUAGGGUUUGCAGACUUUCCAGGACAAGCUCGUAGUUUUCAGCUAGGAAUUUCUGAAAUCACUGUUGACACUGGCCAGCACUUCUUGUCUGAAUUUCAUAUGCAGCAUUAAUAUUCGUAAUAACAGUUAUUUGAAUUUUUAAAGCAAAAUAUGCUGAAUAUGCUUUUCUCUCUCCAUAUUAUAACUUUGAAAAAUAACCAUUAAAAUCGAACUUCUCUUCAGAACUUGCGUUAAGAGUAAGAAUGAGGUAAAAUUAGUACUUGCCUUUAUAGCAAAUUGCUCCAAGUAGAUUAUCACCCUCCCAAAUUUUCCUACAUGUACUUUAAUUGAAAAAAACUAUUAUUUAUGGGAUAACCCAAUACUUUGGACGAUAUCAAUAUGUCAUAUAGUUUCAUUGCAGUAACACUAAUUCUGGCAACAAGGUUUUUAGCAGUGAGUAUGCUAUGCAUCUCCUAAAAAUCCAUCAUCAUCAUGAUGCAAUUGUUGCAGUUGUUAGAUAUCAUUUGAGCAAUUGUAAAUAUCCAUGAUUUAAACAACUUCUCAUUUUCUUUGUUCUUCAUGUAUGCUUUAUUUCUACUUUCACAUUCUAUCAUACACUAUAUUACAAAAAUUGAUAUUUAGGCAAAUACUGUUACAUCUUGUGCAUUUGUUCUAAAUUUGUCCUCCCCUCCCACAUAUCGAUGAAUAAUUUUCAUGCUCGAGUUCUUUGCUCAGUUUUUUUAGAGUCUGAAUUAUUCUAAUAUAUAGAGAAUUUACAUCAAUGCAUAUUUAAUACUUUGUUUCAUUUAUUUUGAAUUGUUUUAAAACUUUAUAAAUGCUAAAUCUGUUUCAUUAUAUAAUGUUCAGACACUGUUUAAUUCAGGCAUGGAAGUAGUACUGAGGAAUGUGUUUGAUUUAUUAAUAUGCUUUAAAGAAAAGUUUUUUGUUGUUUUAGGUAGUUUAUUAUUAUUUUAGUGAUAGGUUAUUUUUAUGUACUAUAAUAGCCUUCCCACAAGUUUGCUAUAUUAUUUAAAGUUAACUUUUGUUAUGUUACUUUGAAGUAUGAGUUACCAAAAUGUUAUGAAUAUACUCAUCAUAUUCUAGAUAUGAAUUUAAUUCCGUCCUUGCACUUUCCAUGAUCAGAUAUCAUAUACUGUUAACACUCAAACAUUUACUCAGAAUAUAUUUUCUAAACAUUUUGUGAUUUUAUGUGAUGUGAAAUGAUUUUGUGUACUAUGUUACAUUUGUUUAAGAAAUGUAAUCUUUUAAGCUCAUUCCAUGUAUUAUUUGAUUAAUAAAUUGCCAUUGUUUUCAUGUCUGUGAGAUCUGGGGCAUUUCACUGGAGAAUUCAGUAGUAUAAAGCAGUAAUUACUAUUUCUACAAGUAACUUAAACUACUGAAGACUCUUUCCAUAGUAGAGAAGUGCCCUGAAGAUGUAUAAUAAUGUCAUCUAAUUGCUGGGUGCCCUGAAGCUACGUCAUUGUGUGUCAUGGUAUCAUCUAAUUGUCAUAUUUUUUAUUACCAGCAGCUAUUUUAAAAUAAAGUAUGAAAAGUUAUGUCAUUUUUAUAGUGACAGGCUGUUUAUUGUAGAUAGCUAACUGUGAUUGUGUGUUUCUUUUUCUAUAAAUACCUGAUUUCAAUUAUUUACAUAUUCAGAAUUCCAUGUCUCUGAUAGUUCUUAUUUUAUUUAUAGGUAUAUUUUAUUUAUAUGUAUUAUAUAUAAGCUUUUAUUUUAUAUUUGUUUAUAUAAAAUCUUUUGUGUGCUGAUUAAAAAUGUCUGAAUGUGGUUUUACAUGUAUGUAACAAAUCCAAAAUAUUAACAGACUAAAAUGUAUAGAGCUGAAGUAAUAUGAGGUAGAAUAUCUAAAUUUAUGUUUGCUAUUGAAAGAAAAUUAUGUAAUAAAAUGGAUUUUUCUCAUCAGAUGUCAGUGUGACAGUUGAUAGAAAUGAAUAAACAACAGAAAAGAAAUAAGUGCAUGAUUAAUUAGCAGUAAAUUGCAGUUUUAUGAAAUUUGAAAUAACGAGUUAACAUUACACUGUAAUAAACCUAUAAUAUUAAUUCAUUUCUCUUACAUGUGUAUAAAAAUUGAAAGAUAUUUAUACACAUGUAAGAGACGUAUAUAAAAAUUGAAAGAUGGAAAGAUGAUCAUUAUUGGCAUUAUUUUAAUAAUAAGAGAAUUUAAUAGUAUUUAAUUUGUAUUUCAUAUUUACCAAGCUGUUUGAAAUUACUUCUCUCCUUUAAAUUUUGUAUUAAGGUUUUAUUUUUAAUUUGAUUUAUUUAUUGUAUAUAGUAUUUUUUUUUUAAAUCUUUAAUGCAGCUGUCUCCUUAAAUUUACUCCUAAAUAGUCAUGCUAUUAUUAAUUUUAUUCUAUUGCUGCUCUCCCCUCCCCAAUUUUAUCAAUUGUCACAAUGGCUGUUGUUGAAGGAAAUUCAUUUUGUUAAUUUCUAAAGCAAACUUAAUUUUUUUUAAUAAUGUUGUAUAAUAUUCUAGUUUGGAUCAGUUUUUUAUCGAGCUAUUGAGAUGUUUUCAAAACAUAUAAACUCCACAUUAUUCUUAAAUUAUGCAGUACUGAGUGGUAUACAUUUAUAUUUAGCUUGUUAUACUGUAUGUACUCUUUUCACCAUAUUAUUUUAUUAACAAGACUUUCUUCAGCAUAACUAUAUUUGAUUUUUUUUAUUUCAGUCAUAAAAAAAAUGUGAAUUUUAAUUUAUAUUUUACAGUAAGCUGUUCUUUAAAGUAUACUAUUAACACAUAUAAUACAGGUAACAUCUUGUACUCUUGUGUUUAAUAUCAUAAUCCCUUUGUAAAAUAUUCAGUAAUGAAAUACUAUGAAAUGUUUUAAUAGCAAAAAUGGAAAUUUUUGUUGAAAUCUAAAAGUAAUUGCAAUGACUGUUACUGUGGUUGCAAAAGCAAUUGCAAUAAUUGUUACUCAUUACUGUCGUUGAACUAUUUUAUUUAGUAGUGUAUUUCCUUUCCCCUCUUUUUUUUUUUUUUUUUUAAUAUAAGUGGUAGUUCGCAUAUUAAAUCUGGGUUUAACAAGCUGUACUAGCUUGUCAUUUUGGACUUAUGUAAUCUUCAUACAUAUUUACUGCUGGCUGAUUGUUUCAUUGUAGGAUAUUUAGUAUUAUCUUUCAGAAAUGAAUAUGGAUUAUUCUGUGUUUUUUUUAACCUGUAUCAUUUUGAUGUAUAGCAUUCGUUAAAAGAUACAUGUUCUGUUCCGUCCAUCAUUGUCAUAUAAAACUGGCAUUUAAUAGAAUGUUUUCAUGAAAUGUAUCUGUUUAAUCGAGAAAAAUAAGCAUUAUCUGUAAGCCUUCUUCAGUUCUUAUGAAUUUAUUGAAAAACCAAUUUUUUUCCUUUCAGUAAAAUUAUGAACUUCCAUUAGAAAUAUUGUUAAUAAUAUUAUGCAGAAUCUUUGUAUAUUACUAAAUCUUUAAAGAUCUCCUCUUUGUAUGUAUGUUUUUGAUAAAAAGUUAAUUGAUUUGCUUUUAAUUCAUUAAACUGCAGAAUGAAAUAUAUAAUCCUAGUCUAAGAUCUUUAAGCAAAAAAUGUCUUUUUAAUAGUCUCUUAUUAAUUCCAUUUUUCAAGAAAGUAGUAUGCAGCUUGUAAAUUAUAGGCUAUAAUCUAUAUUCUUUCCAAAUUGUUCCUUGAUCAUUUAGAAUAGACUGUGUUGUAAUGUAGUAACUGUAAUACUAGUUUUAAAUAUUUCUGGCAUUUUAGAAUGCAUGACCGAUGUAUAAGAAGUAUAAUUAAUUUACAGACCUGUAAAAUUUUUCAGUGCAGUGGGAAGGAAUUCAGUAUAAUGAAUUAUUUCAUUAUGCAGUUUUGGAUGUUAUUCUUUUCUCAAAAGCAUCCAGAAUAAAUCUGUGAAUGUUUUAAGUUAUAAAAGGGAAUAUGCUUUUAACAACUUAAACAUGAAUUUUUUUCCUGAUAGUUCAGAUUGUGUAAGUUCAAGUCAAUGGUGCUGCAUUCCAGUAUUUUACCAUCGUCUUGUAUUAUAGGAGAUUAAUUUAAAAGAUUAAAUUCUAAAGAAAUUAAAUAUUCUGAUAUCUUAAUAACAUAGAAAUACAUGCUAUUUAAACAAAAAAAAAAACAAAAAAAAAAAUUGUCAAGGAAAUUUGUAUACUAAAUUGAUCAUAUUGUGAAUAGAUUAUUUUUAUGCUGUUAUGUAUCAAACUAUUUGAGGAUAUUUGAAGAUUUUGUCUGUGGAAAAUAUUAUUUUCCCUCCUCAGAAAAAAAGAAAAUUUCUUUUCUAACUCAAGCAAAGAACAAAGUGUAGAAAUGUUAAAUACUGUCGUAAAAUUAGUGUAGUUUGUACAUUGCAAUAAAUAAGACAGUUUCCAAAGUUAAUUAUAUGUACAUUUUUAAUAAAAACAAUGAAGUCUCUCUAUUAAGUGUAUCGACCUCUUUGUGCCUAAAAAGUGUGUGCGACAAUGAUUGCUUGUUUGUCUUAUUAGAAUAUUCUGAAAGAUGGAAAACUGCCUUCAUGAGUAAAAAUAUUAUCCAAGUAUCUAGGAAUGUCAAAUUGUUUGCUAUAUAGCUUUUAUAUAAAUGUUAGGACAGUUUUAUAAAUAUAUGUUGUUUUUGUAAAGCACAAAAUUUGUUGCAGGCAGCUUUGUCUAACUGGACAUAAUCACUACAAUUUGGAAAAUAAAAUUUUACAAGCAUAUA